UUGACUGGACACAUUACUGUAUUUAUAUUUAUCGUUCUGUCAUUUAUUGUUUUGCACUGUCUACUCGCGUAUGGUGUUAGCGACCGAGCAGUCGAGGAUCUAAUGGUGAAGAAGUUCCAUGUACGCUAACAUGCCUAAAUGCCCAGCUUUGCAAAGUAUUCCAGAGACAACAACGAGAGCGCUAGAGAAGAAUUAUUGCUGAACCGAUACCACACCUCUUCAUCUUGUAGCAACACCCCAACCACUCGGAUUUUACUUUUCAGAAGACUUCCACUUAUUUAAUGUGUUUAUUCUUAUUUUUUUCCUGACUGAACGGAUAUGUGAAAAAAUCACCCAGGAAGGUGUUGCCAAGUGAAGUGUUGACAAGAGUUUACGAGUGAAGUUUUCAGACUUUUUCUUCUUGUUGUGGCGGUUCCUGUCAAGUCAUUGGAGAAGGCAAAAUGGAUCAAGCCAGCGGUGGUGACGACCCCAAUAAACCUUCGAAAAAGAGGUCCAGCGAAGAUGAUGGCAGAAACAAAAAGCUGAACAUACACAUAAAAACAUUGGCUGAUGAUAUGCGCGAUCGCAUUACCAGUUUCCGAAAGACAGGAACGAAGAAGGAGAAGCCGCUCAUACAGCACCCCACGGACCCCCUCUCCAUCCACACCGAACUGCCCAUCCCUCAGCCCCUUUUCGACGACCGUUCAAAGAACCUCUCAGAAAAGGAGAUCAUUGACCUCUUUGAGAAGAUGAUGGAGGACAUGAAUCUGAAUGAAGAGCGAAAGGCGCCUCUACGCGGGAAGGACUUGAGCACCAAACGGGAGAUGGUAGUUCAAUACAUCUCUGCCACUGCCAAAUCUGGAGGACUGAGGAACAGCAAGCAUGAAUGUACGCUCUCAUCCCAGGAAUAUGUCCAUGAGCUUCGUUCUGGUAUCACAGAAGAAAAACUGCUCAAUUGCCUGGAGUCGCUUCGGGUUUCUCUCACCAGUAACCCAGUCAGUUGGGUGAACAACUUUGGUCAUGAGGGUCUUGGACUUCUUCUGGAUGCACUGGAGAAGCUUUUGGAUAAGAAACAGCAAGAGAUCAUUGAUAAACGGAAUCAGCAUAAACUUAUCCAAUGCUUGAAAGCUUUCAUGAACAACAAGUAUGGCCUGCAAAGGAUCCUGGGAGAUGAGCGCAGCCUGUUGUUACUGGCGAGAUCCAUCGACCCCAAACAGACCAGCAUGAUGACCGAGACUGUCAAGAUCCUGUCGGCCUUCUGUAUCAUCGGCGAGGAAAACAUCUUGGAUAAGAUCCUGGCUGCCAUGACAAUUGCUGCAGAGCGGAAUAAUAAGGAGAGAUUUGCUCCAAUUGUUGAAGGACUAGAGAACCACGAUGCCCAACAGCUUCAGGUUGCCUGCAUGCAGCUCAUCAAUGCGUUAGUUACUUCCCCGGAUGACUUGGACUUCCGGAUACAUCUGCGAAAUGAGUUCCUAAGAUGUGGCCUCAAAAAGAUCCUUCCUGAGCUCAAAGAAACGGAAGAGCUGGACAUCCAGCUCAAGGUGUUCAAUGAGAACAAGGAGGAGGACUCCAUCGAACUCUCCCAUCGCCUGGAUGACAUUCGGGCCGAGAUGGAUGACAUGAACGAGGUGUAUCAUCUCUUAUCCAACAUGGUGAAAGACACGGGCUCCGAGGCCUACUUCCUGUCCAUUCUGCAGCACCUCCUGCUCAUCCGGAACGACUACUACAUCAGGCCUCAGUACUACAAGGUGAUUGAAGAAUGCAUCUCGCAGGUGGUCUUGCAUCGAAGUGGUAUGGACCCCGACUUUGGCUACAGUCGCCGAUUAGAUGUGGACUUCACCCAUUUGAUUGAUCAGUGUGUAGACAAAUCCAAAGUUGAAGAGAGCGAGCAGAAAGCUGCCGAGUACUCCAAAAAGUUUGACGAGGAGUUCAGCGCACGGCAGGAAGCCCAGGCUGAGUCUCAAAAGAAAGAGGAGAAAAUCAAAGAGUUGGAAGGAAAGAUCCAGGCCCUGGAGUCUCAGUUAACUAUUGAAAGUGACAAGCUCAAAGAAACCCAGAGACUCAUCAGGGACUCUGAAGCCAAGAUUGCAGCUGGUCCAGCUGCGCCCGGAGCACCACCUCUGCCACCGCAACCGGGAGGUGCUGUGGCACCCGCUCCUCCACCUCCUCCACCGCCUCCCCCAGGUGGCUGUCCUCCACCACCACCGCCACCUCCUCCUCCCGGCCAUGCCAGCGGUCCACCGCCCCCGCCGCCGCCUCCUCCAGGCGGGGGACCUCCACCGCCGCCACCCGGGUGUGGGCCUCCACCGCCUCCACCUUUUUUUGGGGGCCCGGGCGCACCUCCUCCGCCUCCUUCAAUUCCUGUCCUCAAACUGCCAUAUGGACUUCAGCCCAAGAAGCUUUACAAGCCUGAGUCCGUGAUGAAGAGAGUCAACUGGAAUAAGAUAGUGCCGCAGGAAAUGGCGGAGAAUUGCAUCUGGAUCAAAGUGAAAGAGGAGAAGUUUGAGAAUCUCGACCUGUUUUCUCAGCUCUCCCACUGCUUCUCGUCACAGAGCAAAGUGAGGAAAGAUCCCAAAGAUGAGACUGACGACAGAAUGACACAGUUUAAAAAGAAAGCAAAGGAGCUUCGCAUUUUGGACCCCAAGACCGCACAGAAUCUAUCAAUUUUCUUGGGCUCGUUCCGCCUGCCUUAUGAAGAGAUCCGAGAAAUUGUGCUUCAGGUGGACGAGGAACGACUGAGCGAGUCACUCAUCCAGAACCUGAUAAAAAAUCUGCCGGAGCAGAAUGAGCUGUCAUCAUUAGCGGAACUUAAGGCUGAAUAUGAAGAGCUGGUGGAGUCGGAGCAGUUUGGCAUUGUGAUGAGUUCAGUCAAGCUCCUGCGGCCGCGUCUCAAUGGCAUCCUUUUCAAGUUGACCUUCGAGGAGCAAGUGAACAACAUUCGCCCCGACAUAAUGAACGUGACGUUUGCCUGCGAGGAGGUAAAAAAGAGCGAAGGCUUCAGGAAGCUGCUGGAGUUGGUGCUGCUGGUCGGCAACUACAUGAACGCCGGCUCCAGGAAUGCCCAAACAUUUGGUUUCAACAUCAACUUCCUCUGCAAGCUUCGAGAUACCAAAUCAAUCAGUCAAAACACAACGCUUCUUCAUUUUUUGGCUGAGAAAUGUGACGAGACAUACCCAGAGAUUUUGAGGUUUCCAGAAGAACUUGAGCAUUUGGAGAGUGCCAGCAAAGUCUCUGCUGAAAUCCUCAAAAGCAGUCUGGCCACCAUGGAGCGUCACAUCGUGAGGCUGGAGAACGACAUUGAAAACUUCCCCAAAAGUGACGACACGCAAGAUAAGUUUGUGGAAAAAAUGUCCGGCUUCUGCAAGCUUUCACGGGAGCAGUACGAGAAGUUGUCAAUUAUGCACAAGAACAUGCAGAAGCUUUACGAGAACAUAGGUAGCUACUUCACCUUCGACCCGCAAGUCAUCAGUGUGGAGGACUUCUUCGGGGAGCUGUCCAACUUCCGCAUCCUCUUUUUGGAAGCUGUGAAGGAGAACCACAAGAAGAGGGAGAUGGAGGAGAAGAUCAAGAGAGCCAGGCUGGCGAAGGAAAAAGCUGAGCGCGAGAAGCAGGAGCGGCAGCAGAAGAAGAAGAAGCUGAUUGACAUGAACAAAGAAGGAGAUGAAACUGGAGUGAUGGACAGCCUGAUGGAAGCGCUGCAGUCCGGAGCAGCCUUCCGGGAUCGGCGAAAACGGAUGCCGCGCAAUGGUGAUCAAAGUCCUUCCAGUCCAAGUUCUCGGUGGCCGACUGCUAACUAUGGUUACAGAACCCUAGACAACCGGCGCGCAGUCCUCGAAAGGUCCCGCUCGCGCCACAACACGAACCACCAAGGCCGAUGAUGGACCCCACCUCACAGGCUUGCCACAUGAGCGCCAAAAAUCACCCGGAUGACUUCCCAACAACCCUGUCACUGUGUCGCAAAAAAGCAGCAUCAAGUCAUUCAUGCCUUAGACAUUUUCUGCUAGUCUUUACAAAAUACUGUAUUGUCCUCUUUCCAAUCAUAGGAAAAAAGAUGUUUUAAGUCUAAUGGUGCUACACGCCGCUUACACUUCCACCAAGGACAACAGCAUCAGCAUGUCAAAGAAGACUGAUUGCUUUUAACAAAACACCCUAUGGCUUUUUAAAAGGAAUUUCAACAGCCAAGUUGGAAGAAGCUGUAAACAGACAAACACAAGAUACUGACUGCAAACUGGGAGAGUCUGAGUUAUCCCGCAAAGCUACCAGAGUUGGCCACUGCCCACUCUGAUACUUCAUAGCAUGUGACACAGUUUUAGUUUGACGACGUACAUUAUACUUUUUACUUUGCUGUUUACUUUGGCUUGACACAUUCCUUUCAACCCCAUUUUAUCAAGUCAGUUUUAUGGUAGAGUAUUCAUGUGAGGCUGCACGGUAAUUGCCAUAGCCUGCCGAGUGUGUGUGAUUGCUUUAAAGUGAUUGCAAUACGCUGUAUUUUUGGUUCCUUCUGGUGCUGGGAAAGGAAAGUGUUUGGAUGCCGCGAGUGUGAAUACAGUGAACACCAUUUAAUACAUACAUGACCUGCUCAUAGUCGGUGAAAAUUUUCAAUUUAGUUCAGUUCAAGAAGUGAGACUCAUACGUACAUUCAUAUACUCUCUGUCUCUGUCUCUGUCUCUGUCUCUGUCUCUGUCUCUGUCUCUGUCUCUGUCUCUCUCUCUGUCUCUGUCUCUGUCUCUCUCUGUCUCUGUCUCUCUCUCUCUCUCUCUCUCUCUCUCUCUCUCUCUCUCUCUCUCUCUCUCUCAUACACUUACCACACACUAAAUGAAUUAUUUCAGGAUUUUAUUUGUUUAUUUUGGCAUGUACACGAUCAUCAUCCCAUGUGCUGUUUUCAUCUGACUUGUACAUGGCUUUAAAAAUCGAACAUCAAUAGAGAGUAGGGCCCUGAUAACUAGUGUUGAUACCGUGUAGUAGAAAAUGGGCUUGUUCAUUUGCUCAUGCUCAUGUUUGAUACAUUUUAAGGCCAUGACCAUUUUGAUAGGUUUCCCUCACAAACCAGUAAAAGUUGCUCGCUGAAGUCAGUGUUUUAAUUACUCCUAAGUUCUCCACCAGUAGAUUUUUUUUUAAAAGGUUUUAUUCGCCUAUAUAUCAGAAGAAGGACAUUAUUGACAUUUGAUGCUUUGAGAAGUGGUGGUCUCACAGUGCAACCAUAAUAACACAAUAUUUUCAUUUGAAACGUUCAUUUCCUCCUUGAAAGAGUACCAGUACAUUCUAACAAUGCCUGGUUAGUUAAGUUUCUAAACAGCCUACAUCUCAUACCACUGAACAAAAUGCAUCAUGUUUUUAGGGCAAUUGGGAGCCACUGGGCAUAUUUUAUGCAUACAUUUGAAACAAGGUGAAGGGGAAAAAAUAUGCAAAAUCGGAAAAAUCUACAGAGGAAAUCGGCGUCCGUGACAGCAAAUUAGAGCGAGCUUUUCCUGGUGGGCUCUCUGUCGCAGCCGCCUCUCAGUAGCAUCUCUCAGCUAAUGAAAUGUUAAACAUUCAAACAAACACCCAUCCCAUGCUUGUUUGUGUUCAAAACAGUGGAAAAGUUGCCUGGAGCUUUGCGGUCACAGUUCAGGAAUGGAGCCUCCACCGCAUAUUCAUGUAUUCAUGCCUGGGGUGGCGCGGUCCACUCGUUCGCUGCCCUCAACUUUAAGCAGAUGCUGCCAAAAACAAGCAAUGAGGCCACAACCAGAAUCAAGAUGCUGCUUGUCUUAGCCAGUGAGCCUCCAACCAUCAUCGCACUUAAAAUAUGUGUGUGUGUAUAUAUAUAUACGCCAUAUAUAUAUAUAUAUAUAUAUAUAUAUAUAUAUAUAUAUAUAUAUAUAUAUAUAUAUAUACACGUACGUGCAUUUACAUUUGGGUUUACAUCUAAAUCCAGUGCUAUCUAAGUAUGACCACAAAAACCAAAUAAUUUAUGUUAACAUAAUUUCAAUACAGUGGUACCUUGAAGUAUUACCCCCCCCUAAAAAAGAAAACGUAAUUGAGAUGAAUUACAGUACCACUCAAAAUUCUGGAAAGCUUUUCUUAUAUGAUUAGAUUAGAAAGAGUCAUUUGAAGUAAUCAAAAGAAUCAUUCAUUCCAAAAGCUUAACUGCCACCACUUGAAAAACAAUUAAUUGUACAGGAAUUGUUUUAAGGGACAUUAAUCCCCCAUUUCUAACAUCGAACCUGGGUCAGUUUCAAACAAUAAAACACAAGUAUUACAUGACAUUAAUGUAAUGGUGAAACUUGCACAAAAAUAUUGUUGCGGCUCGCUUGCUAGCACAAGGACCUAACGUGAACUAAGUGCUCCUUUUGUUGAUCAAGACAGAAAAACUCAAUAACACAUUUAAAGACCAAGCCAAAAGGAGAUGUUUCUUCAUUAAAGUUGAAGCUGCCAAAAUUGGUUGAAAUUUGGGGCACAUUUUUCACCCAAAUUUUGGUCCAUGUCAGAAUUGAAAAAUUUCUGUUCAGACCUCAAGGUACCACAGUAAUCAGUAGGGGUGUAAAGGUACAUGGCAAAAUAUUGAACCGUUUGGUCUAGCUCAGCACAGGACGAAAUUAAAUUAAAUUAUUGCCAGGUUUUAAAAAAAAAAACUUAUGAAAAGAAAAAUAAACCAAUACUUUGAUAGAAAAAAGUGUUUUCUGUAUGCACAAAAGGUGGACCGAAACUGUACCAAAAAACAUAACACAAAAACCGAUGUAUGAAGCGUACAGUGGGUUAUCUGUACCGUUGCACCCCUAGCAAUCAGCAGAAACAGAUUUUUAUUUGUUUUAUCUUUUCACCAAGGAAAGUCCUUUCUUCCCCUUUUUCAGAUGCAGUUGUAUUUUAAGAGACAACAAAUCCACUCAUAACAUCCUUGUAGCACUUCUUUGAAGAAAAUUGAUUUUUGAUAUCUUCUUUGUGUUUGUGUGCCAUCCAAUUUACAAAAAUGCAGCUUCUGCUAAAGUAUUAGUGCCACACUGAAGUAAAUAAAUCGUGCGAAAAUUGACAAUAUGACAAUAAACUGGGAAUGUUUGGAAAAUGAAGCCUUUUGCACAAUUGUGUUCAGCAGCUCAUACUGAUCAGGGUGUUCAUCUAUCAGAACAUUAUCAUAUUAUUAUUAUUAUUACUAUCAUCAUACUGUAUUAAAAGUAUACGCUUAUUGUGGUAUUUUUAACGCUAAAAUUACUUUUUUUUUUCUUCCUUUAUUUCUUGUACAUUUUUUUAUUGUUGUCAUCCUAUUUUGCGUUUUUCUUCUCUGUGUGGCUCUAAUACUUUUCCGUGAAAUACAAACCAAAAAAAGACAGUGUAAAAUGUUUUUGUUUAUUUUUUUUAAUUUAUUUCAUGUUAUCAAUAGUGUCUUUGUGGUUUAAACUGUUCGAAUUGGGGGGGGGGGGGGGUACACAAUGACAAAAUCACUUUUUAAAAACUGAACUUAAACAAUUUGAAGGAUCAGCACAGCUUUCUUUUCAGCAUAGCCUUCUUCAGUUUGGUGGAAAAUGUACAGACCUGUUUUCUAUUUUCUGCAUUGUGCGACAGACAUUGUUCCAUAUACUUAUUGUUCAUUGUGGAAUUUGGGAUAUUCAUGUGAUGACAAAGGUGGUGGUAUUUUUUGUGUAUGAAGCUCGAAGGUCUGUUGUGGAUGUUGCAAAUGCUGCUGCUGCUUUCAAGGGUUUCGUGUAAAAUAUCACUUUCAAACAAACAAUUAGAGUAGACACAUUGGAACAUGUUCCUUCUUCUACCAUGACGACAUUCUUAUUGGCCCUGUAAGUGUUUGUGUUCCCUUCCUUUUUGUGUUGAAACAGCAAAAUGCAAACUCAUUAUUUAUGCGUGUUGUGUUCAAUGGCCGGGCGCCUUUUUAGCUUAAUAAACUUGUGCUAGUGGCCAGUGUUAAGGAAAAGCAAGCAGGGGUAUGAAGCGUCCUAUUCAAAAUGUUUAAAAAGGAAAAAAAGGUGCCAUUUUUUUGGUAAAUGACGGGUGGCUAGCACUUUGAUGAUAAAAUUUUUGUAGUUGCUUUACCUCACAAGGGAAAAGAUUUUCUCAAUCUGAGUUCCAAUUGCCACGACUAACGUAUUUGCUGAAAUGUGUCUUUUCAGACAAUAGUCCCCAGCUGCCUCGCUUCGUUUGGGUUGUCGCCAGGAGACCAAACACAGACGUCAUUUGUUUGGUGGCGAAUUUGUCGUAAAGCUGCUGCACAUGUCCCUCAGCCUACCUUCCUCAUUCUCGUAACUUUGUUGAUUUGAUUGUCUUUACAAGCCUUUGUAUAUGCAUCAUGCUCCGUUUGUAUCCUCAACAAGGUGGAUGGGACAAAGUAAAGAAAAAUAGAAGGAUGACGCACCACUCUCCUUCCACAGACUAUGUAAUGGAAUAUGAUACUAAAUAAUAACCACUUUUGUUUUAUAAACUGAUUUCUGAAGUCA